AUGUCCGCGGGCGGUCAGGCCUUCUUCACUCGUUUCCUCGGGUACUUCCGCCCCACGCGUGUGAGUUUAACAAGUCUUGACAAGUCAUGUUAGUCAAUUAUAAUUUCUGUGCAGGCCCGACUUUUAUUAACUGUGUUUGUUUCUUUGUUCCCCGGAUAAUUCUCCCAACACGACCAGCUACUUGAAUGUUAAUGCAUAGGUUUACGGCUGCAUUCAAGGACAACCGGUCAGGCACACGAGGACAUGGGUUUCUAAGAAUUACUACUUGGAAUCGACCUUGUUUAGUUCUUUGCUUUGCCAUAAGACUAUAGUAUCAGUUAAUUGGUACCAUAGCGCCCCGCGUGCCGGCCGAGGACCACAAAGUCCAUAAACAACGGAACAUGUAGUAGAAAUGGUUAGAAUUGUGCAUCUGGUCGUAAGGCGCGUGUUUUCAAAUAUGUACUGGUUCGUCAUAGCCUUGAUAAGUGAAGGGGAGUUGGGGGUUAAUCGAUAAACCACAACCAUUAACAGUGCUGCACGUUCCAUUAUAGGAUAGCACCAACCUCUGUCUAGCCCUGUCCAAUCAGCUUAGUGCGACUAGUGAUCUUACUUAAUAAGUAGGCACAGCAUGUCGCAAUUUCGCGAAGGGGCUGCUGGGCGGAGUGCGUCUGCAGUGAUUACUGGCAAGAGUUAGCAAACCACAAAACUAACCACGAGCUAACGCAUCGGGCCCGCCUUGAAUGAGUGUGGUGCUGUCUGGGUUGCUGCUACACACCUAACCCUGACAUGACCUUGGUUAUGCCUGCGCUAGUCGGCGUUAGGGCUGGCAGUACUUCGUUAGGCUUGAUGCUUAACAGACGUAUAUCUGGAAAGCUCGACCCACCAUCUCUAGUUCUGAUCAAGUUCCGGUAGUUAAAACACCACUCUGACGAAGUGUAGUAGAAGUUUGCGAACGGACCUCUUGAGUGCAGCAGUGUCUAAUUUAGGGUUACACAAGAUAGCCCGAGAUAUCAUUAUAGUGUUGUUACAAGCACGAGACGUCACCAAGACGGAAAUUGUGCGCUUCAAACAAUGGUCGAGAGCCUCCAUACUCGCACGUUUUCUCCGCUCAUAGUUUGCCAUCGUAAGCGUAAGAGAAAAGUUACCGGCCGGAUGCGCAGUACACGGGGAUCUUGGUGACGAUUGAGAUCGCAAGGAGCCCGUAGACACCAAAUGCUCACAGAAACCCUGCGAUCAGCAUAUAUUCGGGCCAUGUCCUAACUGUCCGUCGGGCAGCAACUUGGUCCGGAGAUGAUGAAGGUUGUCCACUUAGUACUGAGUCGUUAUUCAUGAACAGCACCUUCCGAGUACAGUCAGUAAUUGACUUAACUAGAAUGUAGCCUUGGACGCUGUUGUAGCUAGAACCGUAGCAAGCACACGAGAUGGAUAGGACGAACAAAUAUGGAUGCAAGAGUCAGAACGAGGAUACCCUAUAACAGGGCUUUAUUCAUCUUACAAUUGACCUACUGGGACUAAAAGGAGAAAUAGAAAAGUGGUGGAUAAGCCUCGAUUUAGCCAGGGCUUAUGUUAUCAUGACAGACGCCAGCUGGAAUAUCGGACGGUUGCGAAGUGUUGCGGGACAAAACUCGCGGAGGGGAAGACCGAAGGUGGGUUUUGGUUAGUGAUUGUUUUUUUGGGCAGUCGUCCGGUGCCAGUGUCCGCUGCAGGGACUCCUGAAUGCAGAAUAACGAUCCAUGAUACGACAUUCGUUAGAACUGACGCGUUCCGUAACCCUGGCCCAGUGAUGCGGGCGGACUACUCAGCGGGAACGGACCCUAGGUGUUGGAUACUGGAAUGUGCGGUUUCUGGGCCCUGAUAUCCAAAGUCUGACGGCGUACAGCCUUCAACACGCGCCUCUAGCAUCGUCGCAAACAUCUGCUGACCUGGUACUCAAACGACGGUCAUACGACCAGUCAGCUCGAUUACAUUCUAGUCAGGUUCAAGGUUUAGCAGCUGGGUUCACUAUAGCAGAUCGACGGCCAGUGCCGUGACUGGUAACGCCCAUGGUUACGACCAUGUUAUCGUUUGGACAAAAAAAGUCGGCGACUUUAUUGGUGACAACUGGAACGAGGCCUAACCAGACCGGAUUUCAAGUUAGGCGUGGAUGUGCUUACCGGAUAUUCGCACUGAGGCACAUUCUGAAAUCUCGUCAUAGCCACCAACAACAGACGGUCGUCUGGUUUGUUGGCUUCGUCGCCGCGUUCGAUUCCGUUUAUCAUGAGUCCCUGUGUGAAUAAUGCAACUAGAUGGUGUGCGAGCCGAGAUUCUCGCCAUGCUCAAGAUCUACUACCGCUCAACCGCCGCCCGAGUUUUUGUCUAUAGCAGUCUCUUCCAACCGUUUGAUAUUCGGUCUGGCCUUUGGCAAGGCUGUAUUCUGCCGCCCAUUUUGUUAAAGUGCACCAUUGACUGGAUUAUGGGGAACGCCCAACUCGAAGUUGACGGUGUCGAGUUUGCAUCCUGCGGCCGGCUGACUGGUCUUGACUACGUUGGUAUCGCUCUAUUGGCUUAAAGCUUUGAAGGUCUACAGUCUCUGGUGUCCCAGGCGAAUGAGGUUGCUAAAUCUGUCGGUUUAUCCAUAGACCUCAUGCAACAUGUCCAAUCACAGCCCAUAGACUCUGGGAAGGCCAAACAUGUUUCGAGUUGCGCCCCUGACCAUUAGAAGAUACCUCGAGAUUAACGGCUGUCAACUUGAAGAAGUUGAUAGUUUCAAAUACAUCGGGGCGAGACCGCUGCCGAAUUGACAGUGUAAGGACGCCAUUAUCUCCCGAGUCGAACCUGUCUGCCGGGUUCUCUCAAGCCGUGUAUCGUCACACGUGGAGAAGUACAGUCGUGGCACCAUCGAGGCCGGCUAAAUCAGACAUGAUCGUAGCCGUACCAUUUACAAGUAAGCACCCAAUAAACAGGAUCAAAUGCUGAUACACUUUCACCAGUGCGACAAGACGUACGCUGUGGUAGUUUUGCACAUUGUCUUGUUCUCCUCUUGAGGCCCGUCGAGAUGGUAGCCGACUAGUUGGACAAUGACGGCGGAUUAGGUCUUGUUCGAUGGCGGACAACUUUGACCAUACAAUACCGUUUGAGAUCAUGACUCAUUUAAAAGUCAUUGGCCUGCAACAGAUUCAUGGCCGCACACGAACGCAUUAUUUCUCCUUACUCUGUCAUCCCUCAUGCUUCACACCUGGGGGUUUGUUUAUUUUACGGAAAACCGCUACACUGUCCACAUGGCGGUCCACAACUCGCCAAAUUUACAAGUACUUCUCCAGGUUAUUUUCGCCGGAGUUUAUCCCAGGAAACAGGUUUUUUACGAAAGAUACUAGUCAACCAGAUUUUACAGUCGAUUGAAUCGUGUCACCGAGCCCUUCUCUCCAGCUCACCUGAGUCGGUGACACUAGCUUUACUAGCUUUCUUUCGAGUAAGAAUUUAAUUACUGUUAUCUUUUUAAGCGACAGUGAAGGUCACCUUGUUUUUGUUUCUUCUGGAACGUUUAGUCACGUGCUCACGUGUAUUUGCAAUGGCCUCGUUAACUAAAAAUUCAAAUUUCUCCGAAGAUGCAUCUAGCCAGGCGCUAUCUAUGGACAUAUUUAAAAACUCAAAAAUUGCGUACAGUUCAUACCUGAAAAGUGGACUGAAAAUAACGAUGACUGUUGAAUCCAUCCUAGGUGGAAUUUGUGGUACUAUUCGACUUGCGUAUUUAUGCAUAUGCAUAUAUAAAAUUCUGUAGUGGAUGGUGACCUCGUUACUCACUUUAUAAGCACCACUAGUAAGCAUGCCGAUACAACGCUGUAUAAUUGGAAGUUUCGUGGUCUCAAAAAAAUCCCUCAAUCAGAAGAUUUCUUAAAACCAGACAAUAUCGUUUUUGGUAUAAAAUUUGAAGGCGUAAUAUGCUACCAAACGAGUGCAGGAGACUGCGAUGGUCAUUUCUGGCUCAUUAGCCGUCGUCAGUCAGCCAUACCUAGUCUCCAGACAUGCAACUCAUAGGGUUUGGUCCCGCGACCUGUUGGUUAGAAGUUCAAUGCCCCAAAUCUGAGCCACGGGCUCGUUGCCCUUUUGGUUGCGAUCGAGAUGUCGCACCCGUCGGGGUUGGGUAUGGCCUGCUGACGACGGCUAACAAACCAGAAAUGACCACUCAGAUUUCUCCCUUGUUUCGUCAAUGUUUUUCUGCCUAUAUUACGCGUUGCCGUACGCCUACUGGCAGGACUCGAGAGCGCCAAGGCACAACAGGACGCGUGCCGUAAUGCGGUCUGUAAACGCCUCUCCACCAUUGUAUAUACCCACGGUUGGCCGACGUCUGCGCCAGUACGCGUUAAUUGCACCUCUUUGGCUGUGUUCGUUCGAAUUUAUCACUGAAGAUUUUCUCUGUGGCAUCUAAGUUGAUAUGUCGGUUGAUGCGUGCCCCAUCUGAGUGUAUUUCCCCCAGGAAUUCACGGCCCUUCCUUAUUUGACAGGCGCCAACAAGGGGGUGUUAUGCAGCGCAAAUUUGUGCCCAGUGUGUGCAUGACCACUUAAGUAGACGCCCUCUCAUCUUCACCGCUAAUUGAUGUUCGUGUAUACGGGUUGGUAGAUAGACGCUCACCACUUAGGUUACAGAACGUGCUCGUCCCGUUGUGCUUUGGUGCUUAAACUAGAACCCUCGCAGGCAGUCGCAUGGCGACCAUUGGUAUAGGUAGGUACUAUUAUUGGACAUGUUGCAUGAGGUUCAUGCAACAUGUCCAAAAAAAACGGUAGGUAAGGCGAAACUGUCAGAGACACGGGAAACCGGGAUUUAAGCAUUGUCCACUUCUGAUUAUCAUAAUCUCACAUUUCUCCAUGUCAGUGCACUAUUCGUAUAACAUUUCAUAGUGUAUUUAUUAAAUUGCUCCUUCACGAAGACUUCCAGUCCGAGGAUUAUAAAUGCAGUCUUCCUUGCACCCUUUCGGUCACUUCACAGUCGCUCGUCACUAACGAGAACUUCUGUCGCGUUCCAUCCUUUGACUUUUUACACCAGUUUGGUUUGGAAUGCUUCUAAAUCAAACUGCUAAACUAUGGUCUGUUUUUUGUGGCCAUUCACAGUACGAACCCAGGCGCUCUACCAUGGGCGGCAGUAGUCUUUGUAGCUGACGAGCAGUCUAUGCGGUCAAUACACGACCAUAUUUCAGGCCACAGCGUAAUACCGGGUCCUUUCUGGUAUCUCCCAUCAGUUAUAAAUUGCGUAGUGUUAGUUUGCAACGUGUGUUGCCUACAACCCUUAAGACCUUCGGAAGUACAGGGCUGCUACUUUUGUGGGAUGUUGCCAUUUUCACAUGAGCCUUUCGAUUUAAUGACGCUUUGCGUACAGUCUGAAUGAUUCAUUUCAUGCCCCCUCGACUAUCAACUCCUUCUGCAGUCUGGAUUACGAACAGGCUGCUAUCGCGCGCUAGCUGUUGUUGGCGCUACCGCCUUUGGAGCUGCAGUUUUGGCAACUCCAGUGCUGGCUACCGAGCUGGUCGCACACCCAACCAAAUUACCCUGGCCACAGAACGGACCUCUGGCAGCUCAUGAUCAUGCAGCACUGCGCCGUGGUUACCAGGUCUACAAACAAGUUUGUGCUGCCUGCCACAGUAUGAAGUUCCUGUCCUAUCGUCAACUAGUUGGCCAUGUUCUCACGGAGGAUGAAGCAAAGGCCGACAGCGCCGAGGUUAGUUUGUACCUGGGAAAAUCCCAGAAUGCGAUUUAAUGCUGACCGCUGUUUCAUUUACGUACUCAACCUUAUUAGACAUGCACUAAUGGCUCUGCAAUGUUUUACUUGAUAGUUCGACCGUCUUUGCUGACAAUGUCCACCGUUUGAUAAACAGCAAGGUGCAACAGGCACGGUGACCUGCGCGUGAAUUAGUUUAUAAUGAUAGUAUACUUGCGCGGCACCUACCGCACUCCCCACCUGGGCCCGGUGUCAAGACAGUUACAAGGACCGGAGGUGGGGGGGGGGCGGGUGGAUGGUACGGUGGAGCCCGCACCCUGGCGUUCCACUCCACACCCUCUGGUUCACACAACAAAUGACCAGGUUUUUGACCAACAGCAGCAACAACACCCCAACAGGGGUCAGGAGAACGAGGAUGACUGGGCAGCCAUGCCCACUACCUGCAUACCCAGCGGGAGCGCAAGCACAUCUGCCGGCAGGGAACUGCCAACGCAUGCCAGGCUGCAAGGGCCAUGAGUUGCUGAUACUGGCAUAGCACACGCUUUCAGACCUUUUGACCUAGAAGGGCGACACGUGGCCAUGCAUUUAGCCCGGGCCGUCACCAUUCAAGGUUACGUAACCAAACAGUUGUCGACUUAGGCACCACCCAUAAGGCACACACACUCUCCUCGCAUACAUCAGAGAGUCACAGGUCGCUUGAGAAGGGGCCGUGACAGCCUGGCUCUCAGUCCACCAGUCCGCCACUCCACACAACACACACACAACUGGGUCAGUCUGCGUGGGCUGAGUUGAGGCGUCAGUCGGUUGCACUCCGAGCCACAACGCUUGACGCACCCUCUUCGUCCCAGAUUCCGAUCACACAUGCAGCAAGGGAGCCGCAUGGUGAAGGGGUCGAGACACACACUUCCCACUUGCGUGGGAGGUGGCAGAGUGCUUUACUUACCCUUGUAAUGUCGCACACACCAAAAACGUGAAAAGUGAAGUGGACAGGAACUCGGUUAAAAGUUUAGAAUGCCAUCCAUCUUGUCGGAACUAAGAAGCCCAGAAGAUCACGGUGUAGGUCUAACGGCAAAAGGACGGUUUGUUACAUCAAACCAGCGCUGUUGUAUCGGUUCAUUGAAAACCUGCUUCUGCCAGACUCAAGAAACUGCCACUGAGAAUUAACGUUACUGCGUCAACUCCACACGAAGCCCAACGCGGAUUCCGCGAAACACGGAUCAGGCCGUAUCUGUAUCUAUACCUAAAGUUCUGCCCAUUUGUCAAUAGGAAAUUGUCGUGGUCGGAGACGUUUUUCACCGAUCGUGUAUUGGUAGACCAUUUUGUCUAGCGCCAAAGCAAUAAGCUGGGUAAACUGCUUAUCCCCAAAAGACAAGUCUAAGACUACGAGACAUGCCUUAGGAAACUUACAGUUUACAACCCAAGACCGUUGAAGCCAUCCCUGUCAUUAACACUUCAGUAAGUUAAACAACUGCCUCCCCCCUUCGCCUAGAUUCUGGUGGAAGAUGGGCCGGAUGACACGGGCAAAAUGUACAUGAGGCCCGGCAGGUUGUCAGAUCUCCUGCCCUCCCCCUACCCUAACCCGGAGGCCGCCAGGGCCGCCAACGGAGGCGCU